UUUAUAGAAAAAUGCCAUAAUUUUCACACCACGGUACAACAAUUUGGUCUGCCCGGAAGCGCAACCUUGGAUCAGCUGGCUCCUGGCUGCCAGUUACACGAUAAUGUGGUUCUAACAGGCUAACGAAAGUUUGAAGACGGAAGAACUGUGAUUUUGUUACAUCCUUGAUAAAUCCAAGGCUCAUUAUACGAAUAUGGGUUGCUGUAAGUGGUGUUGUGUGUUGUUGGUGGUGACCUUCCUUGUUGUAGCAGGCAGCAUGGGGCUCUUCACUGCCUUCUUCCCCUACCCAAGUCAUGCUUCUUGUCAUGUUGAUUGGAUAUUUGGCAAGGAAUGCUACAUUGUGAAGGACCGUCUUAUCCAGCAAAUGAAACUUUGGAGCAGUGAUCAAUGUUCUGCAAAGCAGCAUUGUAAUUAUAAGUACGUGGAGGGAAACACUAUUCAAGGUAAUCACACCACGCCUGUUAUGUCAUAUGUGGACAAGCUGAACUUCACUCUUACUGAUGCCAGUGAUGGAACCUGCUUAGUCAAGGCAUACAGUGAAUCAACUGCAUCAUAUGCAGUAAUAGACUUUGGAGUUAACUACUGCAACCUACGGAAUCUAGUAGUUGGGUCAAAGCUCGAUGAAAAUGAUCCAAAAUAUCAAGAGAAUUCAACUAAUUCUCAGUGCACAAUGUAUUCUAUUGCACACUGCAAUAUAUACACAUAAGGAAAGGCACAUAUUCUAGUUAAGGAUUACUUUGACUUGUAAUGGCUGGAAGGUUAUGAAUUGGAUCGUCUCUUCAUUCACUGACUUCCGUGAGCAUCCAUAGCUUCCCAGCAUCCUAAGUUGUGAUGGUUUAAAUUCAGUUUUAUGAAGUAAGUUUCAUUCCACAAAACUAAUCUUUUCUGUGUGUAUUAUAAUAGGGUGAGGCUAUUUACCAAGCAGCUUGGUAAGUUGAUGCCGUGUAGAUAUUUAAUAAGCAUCGCGGUAAAUGAGUUAGUGGUAUGUAGUUAUUAAUCAAACAGCUUGAUAAGAAAGGUGAUGCUAUGUAGCUAUUUACUAACCAGUUCUGGAUAUAGGUCAAUGUUGUGUGUUAUUACACGCACAAGCACUCUCAAACACAUACAUGGGUGUGAAAAAGCAUACACAUGCAUGUUGUGCACACAUACACAAAGCAAGGCAGCUUGAGCAAACAUCAUUUGAUGAUUAUUUUCCAAACGUACCAAGAGUAUUUAGGCAGGAUUGAGCAGGGAUGAGUCCCUAAUUUAAGUGAAGUUUUAUUAUAAACAAAAAUGUAAUUGGGAGACUGUAAAUAGCAUGCACGUAUUCACACACUCACACACACACACACACCGACCACAGAAGUGAGAGGACGUGGACAGACGAAGCGGAGAACAACAAUAUUUGUCAGUCAGAAGGGCCCGAGCAACAGCCAAGUUAUUUGAGUCAUGUCUCCUAGGAGUUUAGAAAUUGAGAGGAAUAUGAGAGAGUGAGAAGCAAUAAGUAUAAUGGGGAGAGAAGGAGAGGAAGGAGGCUGGAUGAAAGGUAAACAAAGAUUCAAGAUGGCGGAGUCUCCUAAUCGACGGGGAGAGGACUCGUGGGAGAGUUUCGAGGGCUUCAUGCCAAAAUCAACAAUGGAACCGGUACAGUGGAAAAGGAUAAACAAAGUGGAGCAGGACUGUGACAAAAUAGUAAUGGAAAUGAGGAAGUUAAGAGCGGAGUUUGGGGAAGUGAUUCAGGCACUGACCGAAGUGGAAAAAGAGAGAUGAUGAGGCAAGGAGAAGAGACGAGGAGAUAAAGAAAAUGAUAGAGAACUUGAGAGAAGAAAUAAUUAAAUUGACUAAGGAUCAUUUGGAAAGCCAAAAAGAAAUAGUGCAACUGAAGAUGGAAAAAUUGAAAAAAGACCAUGAGAUACAAAUUUUGAGAAUGGAAAGAGAGAUUAGUGUGAUGGGGACAAAUGAAGACAUGGAGAAGAAGAUGGAAGAAAUGUUAAAAAGAAAGGUAGCAAAGAAGAUAGGAAAUGAUCAGCAGAGUGUGGGUGUGAAGGUAGAGGAAAAGAUUAAGGAUGUGGUCAGUGAUGAAUUGAAGGAGUGGAGAAGUGAAAAAGACAAGGAAAAAACGAGCUUUAGGGAAAUCCUAGAACAACAGCAACAGGAACAGAGGCAAAACAUAGAAAAAGAAGUUGUGAAUAUACUAAAAAAUUGAGAAACAGUGGCGAGGGACACGGCAGAAAAGAAAAAGUGUGUUAUAGUGUUUGGUGUCAAGGAAGAAAAAACCCAGUGAAGGUUCAGAGAGAGAGUUCUGAGAGGAGUAAGGUGAAAAAUAUAUUGAGAAAUAUGAAUACUGAAGAGGAGGAAAAGAUUGAGGAAGAAGUAGAUGAAAUAACUAGAUUGGGAAGAUACAAGGAAGGAAAAAACAGACCACUAAAGAUAAAGCUAAGGUCCCAAAUGGCAACAGAAACUAUACUAAAUUGCAAGAAUCGAGUAAACCGAUUAGUACUCACUCAAAUCUAAGAACCGAGCAAACUGAAUACUACUCGGACCAAAACGUACAUCCCAAUCAGUUGUUGUGUAGCUUUCAUUAAAUACACAAUAUGGAAGGGGACUCCCCUUCCAAACAAUAACAUCUCUUCCCUUUCUUUUCAUCACCACCUUCCACUUAUUAAAGCUUGUGUUACACUAGGCCUUUUUCCUCCAACUGCUUUGGCGGUAGGGGCAACCGGCAACUCCAACUUUUCUGGGUGUGUGUCACGCACAGUUAAGGUCAGUUGCCCAUAUCUACAACAUUAACAAAACAGUUGCCCUGUAUCGACAUGGCACUGUCUCCUAAUAAAGUAAGAGCUGU